AGUUGGUUACAUUGAUUUCCCUUGAAAUGGCCGAUCUCAAUUCACGGUAGAAUCAGGUGGAAUGGGAGACGUGUCCACAGUAUAUAAAAGAGCGAUGCUACCGCGGAUCGACUUCUGAACUGGGGCUGAUUUAUUCGUUGGAUUAUUCCUAUUGUUUCUGUCAUUAGACAAUACGAAUUAUCCUCGCGAUGGCCCUCAGUCAGACAAGCGUGCAAAAAUUAUACAAUACUGUGAUAGAGGAUGUUAUAUCGGGCGUAAGGGAAUCAUUUAUAGAUGAAGGUGUAGACGAACAAGUGCUACAAGAGCUCAAACAAAUAUGGGAAACGAAACUAAUGUCUAGCAAAGCUGUAGAAAUGAAUCCGGACCCACCAGAACCCCAAGUUCCACAAAUAAAUACGCACAAAACUGUGCCUGUUAAUAAAGGAGUAAAUGUAGGAAAUCAUUUUGUACAACAAACAGGAGGAAAUGCAGUUACACAACAGGCAUCUCAACAACAGCAACAACAACAACAACAACAACAACAGCAACAACAACAAGCACAACAACCGCAACAACAGACACAAACCCAAACUCAUUCAACUACGACUGUCAUGCAACAACAUAUUAGUACACCAGUCCAACAAUUGGUAACAUCUACAUCGGCAGUAAUGGAACGGCAAGUACCUAUCCAGAUUACUUUACCACCACAGACUGGUGUGCCAGAUGCUCAACAAAGAAUUUUGACCAUACAGGUUCCUGCAUCAGCAAUUCAAGGUAACCAGUUGCAUACAAUUUUAACGGGUCCAGUUAUCUCGGCUGCAAUGGGAUUACCAGCAAAUUUGGCUUCCACUUUACUCCAGCAACAUGUCAAUUCCACUCUACAGGGUCAAGCAACAUUGGCACCCCUCCAAGUUAAUCAACCACUUCAGGUUGUUACACAGAAUGCAAAUAAUGUCUCUCAACGGCCUGUACAAAAUCAGAAUAAUAUAGCACAAUUAGAUGGUCCACUUGGUGAUUCGUCAGACGAUGACGAAGAAGAGGAAGAAGAAGAUAAUGAAGAUGAAGAAGAAGAUCUUGAAGACAAAGAAGAAGAAGAAAACGAUGAAGCUGCAGCUAGAGAAGAGGAACCCUUAAAUUCUGAAGAUGAUGUAACGGAUGACGAUCCAGCAGAUUUAUUUGAUACCGAUAAUGUAGUCGUUUGUCAAUACGACAAGAUAACGAGGAGUAGAAACAAAUGGAAAUUCUACCUCAAAGACGGCAUAAUGAACCUCAGUGGAAAGGAUUAUGUUUUUCAGAAAAUGAAUGGGGAUGCGGAAUGGUAAAAAAUACUAUACGAAACUAUGGAAAUUGAUUUUGCUGAAGUGUUCACGUGAAAUUGGUUACAAAUUUUUCACUAGAUUUAUGCUUCAACAAAAAUUUCUUUAACUUAGAAACAAUUUCUAAACAUCACGCGGAAAUUCUAUUAUUAUUUAAAAAUUAAUUCCGAUAGGCCCGAAUAGAAUCCUUCUGAAAGAAAAAUGCAAUUGAAACCCCAAUUAUUCGUAUUAAUGGAACACAUCAUCCUUCAUUAUUUAUAAAAAUGAGAUUUAAUAUUACUAUUAAAUAGAAUAUGUCACUGGAAAUAAUAGUAUACAUGUUACAUUUAAUGCAACUAAACUGAACUAAACUAAUUACGUACGAAAUUAUCGAAUUUAAGUGAAAAAGAAUGUACAUUUAAUGUAUUAUAAAAUAAUUUAAUUAGAGAAUAAAAAAGGUUUUUUUAUAUUUUCGAGCAACGUUUUAGGAAAAGUUGAACUUUCGAAUUAUAUAAAACCAUUUUAAUAGUAAAGAAAUCAAAGUUGAAAACAUUUUCGAUUAAUUAGGGUUUCAUUGCCUAAUUAAGAGCUCAAUAAUCAAGCAAAUAUCCUGAAUUAUAUUUUGAGGAGUCCCGUUAACGGGAAUUUUUUCACGUGAGUUUACUAUGUAAAUAGAUUCUAAGGGAUUGCAAUUUACCAUAAGUAUGUGAUGCUCUUGAAAAUAAAUGUGUCUUAUACUGUUAAAGAUUUUAAUACAAAAUAAUUCCUGUAAGGUUAUACAUUCAUAAUGUAUAAUUGUUCUUCCUUUUCUUGAUCCUCGUUUAAAGAUAGAAUGUGUUUAUUUGCAUACUUUUAUUUAGUCUUAAUUUUAAUUUCCUUUUGUACAAAUACUUUCAUUUAGACAAAGUAAGUAAUUUAAUAAUAGGAUGUAAAGGUUUUUGAACAAUAUUAUUUGUAAAUGUACAAUGUAGAAAAAAUAAUAAAACAAGAAAAAUAGAAAUAUUUUCAAAUACUUAUAACAUUAUUGUGAUUCUAUGUAAAUUUUAAUUACUGAAUAUAAAAUUUAUAAACUUCAUAAUUUACUUAAAAAAUUUAAUUCGUACUACUUAUUCGUCUCUGUGUAAAAACCGAUAAAAAAAUUGGAACUCAAAAUGCAAAUCAAGGAUAUAGUUGUUUGAUUAAAAAUAUUUAUUUAUAUUAUUCUUUAUCUUCUAUUUCACCAAUAAUUCGUGGAACUUCUUGAAGCAAUUUUUCUUCAGUCAUUUUAAAAUUUGAAUCCAACCAAAUAUCUUUCAAUUCUUUAAGGACCAUGCCAAUUUUUUUUCCAUUUUUUAUGUUUUGCCUCAGUGUGUGCCCACUAAUCGGAAAUCUAAAAUCAGAUUUUCAUAUGGAACAUUAAAGUAAUGGCAGUAAUAAAUAAAUAAUAUGAAUAUUUAAGGCCUAUUAUAUUAUAUAGUAUUUAUUAUAUUUUUUAAAUUGUUACCUUACCUAGGUAUUAUAACUUUAUCAAAUUGUUCUGCAAGAUCAAAUAAUUGUUUACACUUAAGUAAUUCACAAAUAUAAACUUUGCAAUUCGUUUUAUUUCCUUUCCAAUGAAUAAAUAUACUUUCAUAAUUCUUCAGGUUCUCUGAAGGUUUGUAUUUGUUGGAACUGGUUAAAAAUAUUGCUAGAUCUCUUUCAAAUGAAGACAAUUUUAAUCUUUUAUGAAGAUUGAAUGCUUCAUCCUCGUUCUUUAACAUCAAAGCAAGAUAGGAUAUUGGAUUCAAAGUAACAUUGUUUUGCUUGCACGCAUCAUAAACAGUUUUGAAGUUUUCUAUAUUUGGUUCUUCUGGUAGUCCAGCAUAACUGAAAAAAGAAUAUUUUAUUUAUUAUUUAACUAUUCUGAUCACUAGUACAAUUGUAAUGCCAUUUCGUAAUACUCAUUACCUUCCAACACCGCAUUCUAACAUUUUUAAUGUCACCUCUUUCGCAUAAUUUCCAGAAAGAAUUUUUGUCCAUUCGCUCCAAAUUCUUUCACCUGAUAUUUGUUCUAAGCCAUGUACAUUUUUCUUUAUUGCUUCUAUCGCUUCCUCCCUAUGAGCAUCUGGUUGUUCCGCAAUUCUUCCAUAAAAUCGAAAGUACCUACAGAGUAGUAAAUAUCUUAAGUAAAUGAAAAACUUACAUUUAAAUAUAGUUUACUUUAUAUGUAUUACAUAUUUAAGUAUAAUACCAUUGAAAAUAUUUUGUACUAAUAUAAUUAAGAAAUACCUGAAUAUUCUAAGGUAAUCUUCCUGAAUUCUGUUCACUGGAUUUCCCACAAAUACAAUUUGUCUCUUUUGUAAAUCAUCAUAACCAAAAAAAUGAUCAUACAGCUUUCCUUCUAAAUCGAGAAACAUGGAAUUUACUGUAAAAUCUCUGCGUAAAGAAUCUAGUUUCCAAUUUUUUAUA